ACUGUAACCAGCGAUAUCGAUACAAACAUGCUCCACAUUUUUGACUGUUGUGAUUUCGAAAUCUUGCGAACCUUUCGGUUUUGCUUCUCCUUUUCGGAUAGAAAUUAGUUUAAUGCUUCAUUAUGUACGGCAUCAUGUAGGGGAAGUACCCCAGGAUCAUUCGCUUUUAUUUGAUGUUCGUGACUUAGUGCCAGACUUUUCUAAGCAUUCUUAGCAUUUAAUUUGCUUGUUGCUAGUUAUGGUUUGGCAAUUCUCCUGAGACUCUGUGGCGGACUGCUGUUACCGUUUUUACUGUUUGCAACGUUUCCAGUACUCCGGGUCCAAAAUGAACGGCCCCAGAUAUCCUCAUAAGGUAACGAUCGUGCGUCCAUCGCUUGCGACGUCUGUCUCUAACGAUCAAAAUCGGAGAGCACCUAAAGAAACUGGAAGUGUCUCAGUGGUGACGUCUGCGGCAGUAACCGUUGAGCGAAAGAAGGAAAAGAAGAAGGCUAUCAAAACGCAGGCUGAAAAUCAACCCUUGCAGGUUAAAAAAGCACCUGGAAGGCGACCGAAAUCUCACAAAGAUGACGUACCACCUGCGUACGAGGUCGAGAAAAUCCUGGGAAAGCGGGUGUUGAAUGGGGAAUGUCAGUAUCGAAUUCUCUGGAAGGAUUAUCCCGAGUCUGAAGCUUCUUGGGAGCCAGUGACCAAUUUACAGUGCGAUGAUAUUCUGGCGGAAUUCGAAGCGGAGGAACGCAAACGGCGCUUGCAGAAACGGCGAUUUGGUGGCGAAGUAUGGGAGGAUGUACCCGCGGAAAAUCCUGAGCCACAAGCUAAGCGAGCAAAGUCGAAUAAUGAAAGUGUCAGUGGCGCUUCCGCUUCUUCAGUGGAUUUUGAUCGAAAAUGGGAUUAUCUGACCUCUAAGCUAACCGAUCUGGUUAUUCAAACUCCCGAUCGAAUCGAUGAGUUUUCCAAAGGAGUUUGGAGCAAGUUUGAGAAAGUGGCGCAGACAGGCGAGAACGUGGCGCUGCCUGGGGAUAAUCAUUAUCGGAACACGGCGCCCAAGCGCGUUGUUAAAACGGUGAAAAACGAUCUUGGAGAUCUGUUUGCUGUGAUGGAAUGGGAAGACGGAUUCCAGUGUCAAGUGUCAUUCCCGGCAGCCACUGCUCUUUAUCCUACGGUGUUUGUGCCGUGGAUGACUGGCUACGUCAAAACGCACUAUGCUGGAGUGGCACGGAAAAUCGUAGAGCCCCUGAAAAUUCCAGAACCUACCAUUGAAAACUCAGUGGAACCUGUCAGCGAAGCGGAAAGACUGAAUCCAAACGCAUCGCAAUGGGAUCGACUGCAACUUCUGCAGAAGGGAGUCAUUGAAACCCAGUCCAAAUCACCGGUAAAAGAAGCUGUGCAAACCGAGGAGUUCCUAGCAGUAGAAGACGCGCGUGUCACGAUGCCGGAAACGGUUUCCGAACCCUUAGCGACCACUUCUGAAAGUUCCUCCUCUUCUAGUGCAAGGACACCUAUGGUGCAAACAAACUUUGUUAUGCGAUUACCAUCCGUGCCAUCAGGAAGGAGUAUUCAAGAGCCUCGCUUAGCUGUUCCCUUAGAAAAAGACCAUUUGAAUGCAGACCUUAUCCGUAGGGCUCAUCCGUCACCAUCCAGAUCCACAGUGACUGCUUCUGAAGAAUCAGUUACGACACCGGUUCAAGCACCGCGUUCCAGCGGUAGCAGAUCCCCUCCGAAAAGCCCUCAACAUCGGCAUUCUCCUCCGAAAAGCCCUCGACAUGGGCAUGAUUCUUCAGCGGCAAAAAAUUCACAAGCUACUAUCCGUACACUGUUGGGCGGCAGAGAGAAAAUUCCAGUUGUUUUAAUGCCACAAGUGGGUUCUGCUGCGUACAUAAUGAAAGCAAAGAAGUUGUCGCUCUAUAUUCCUUUGCUGAAAUAUGUUGUGAAGAAAAUGGAAUCCUUACCAGGUCGGCAAGAUCAACUGCGGCGGUCGAAGUUGCUUUUGGAUGUUGCUUUGGGCACGUCGCCACCUUCAUCCUAUGCGUUGCUGGAGAAGUGCGACGACAUACUUAUGCGUUCCAGAAACUGGUUACUUCGGGAAGCUGGUGAGAGAGCUGUGGCGGUGAUUAAAGAAGUGGACAGUCAUUUUGGAAGUGAUACCGGUUCACCGCCUAGUGCACAACGACCCGCGUCUACCAUGACAGAAUCUGGGCCUUUCGCUUCACAAGAGUCUUCAGCUGGUUCUGCGAUCGAAGCCAGAAGAUCUGCAACUGAAGAACCGGGGCCUUCAGUCGAGCGAACGCCGCCGGCAUUAAAGGAGACCGUUUCGACGGUACCGGCUUACACGAUCGUUCGCAGUACAAUAGACACCCUGGCACCUAAAGCUCAACCUCUUGCGCCUACCAGUCUUCCGGUCGCACCCGUACACACUCCGCAAGCGUUUUCAGCCAUUAUGCAGCAAACUCCUAACCGGGUUAUGACCAUGCGACCUACAAGCAUGCGCCCACCCGUUCGGUCGCCAUCGGGACCCGCCACCGUCAAUCCUGCACCGCCCCGUUAUGCCUUCCUUCCCUACACUCCCGGCGACACUCGGAUAGGAGCAGUUAGAUCGGUUUCCAUGCCUCGUAGUUUUGCGGAAAAGAUUUUUCAAGCACGACAGAUGGUAGCUAAUCAGAGAUCCGGUGGACAAAUUUCGACAGCAGCACCAGUGAACCAAAUGGGCCAGGCACCUGCAGUGCCCAUUCAACCCGGGACGUCAGCAGCGGCUGUCGCAGCCAGUGCAGGGUGUUCAAAUUCGGUCUCGGUGCGAACACCCCAGGGACAAAACGUAGGCAACAGAACGCAUGGCAUGCUGCAACCCCGGGCUAAUGGAAGUGGGACACCGCCAGCUGUCCGACCCAGAGCUCCGCUUUCACCCAGGAUGCCGACGAUCCCACCGUCGUUCGGCGCUCUUAGUGUACAGGAAUGGACGACUUUGGCAAAUUCUGGAUAUGUUUUACGCUCGCAGAACCAGACAAACUUACCGCCUGGAGCACCCGGACCAGUUUCCACGGCUGCACCUCGUAAUAAUAUUCCCCCUCCUGGAACUCCCCAGGCUUCGGGAAGCAACGUAAGAAAUGCUCCGGCGGUCCGUCAGAUUCCUCUUAGAGCGCCCGGUGCUCCCAAUUUACCAAACUUAACACCAAUGUUAACGCGUCUGUGUGGACCGAGCAGUAUUACGAAUCCCCCGAGUCACCUGCCACGACUUAAGUCGCCCUUUUGUAGAUAUCGGGAACAGAUGAUGCAGGGUAUGAUUGGAACACCAUCAGCGGAAGCUUCUGCGAUAAUUGAAAAGCGGCUGAAUCUGCAAUGGAGUCGUAUGACACCGGAGCAGCGGCAACCUUAUGUGAACGCUUAUGAGAUGGAAAAGAAAGCGAGACAGACACAGAGUCCCGGCAAAAACAGAAACACACCCGGCCCUUCCGGUCCCGGGAAACCAACGCAGUGACAUCUGCAUGAUAUUCUGUUAUUUGUUUGAAUUAAUUUAUUGCUUGCAUUUCCUUCUAAACACUUCUUGCAGCACACCCGGGUAGCGCGUGAAGCAGUUUCUUCUGUCAGCAUUUAUAGUUUUGAAUUGCAUUUGAAUUUUUGUUUUUAAAUUACUGUAGUAUUUGCUGUUGUUGUUAAUCUGCACUGCACUUGCUUUAGAACUUUUACGUUAUAUUCAAAUUUCGCCUGUUUGAUAUUUUUUACAUACGUGCGGUUGCAUUGUUAUUUAUGCCGAAGUCGCUCUCCAGCAUCUUAAAUGAAGGUGUCUAAAUUGCUGAUUAGAACUGAACAAUGCAUACCGCCAUACUGGUAUUUUACGUUGUACUUCGAAAAUAAGAGCGUGAAAACGUUGAUUAUUGCCUUUU